CAGGAAGCUCAGCAGUGUGUUUAUGUAGAUAUGCGUUGUCGGUGAGUUAAACUGCCACGGAGCAAUGUAUUUGGUGUGGUUAUAUUAAGUUGAAAUGUUAAGAAUGGAUUCUUGACAAUUCCAACUAAGUUUAACAUUUGAUAUAUUUUAUUUUAUGAGUGACGAAGUGCGCGACAAUGAUGUCAGAAUGCGAUCCGACAGAGACCUGCGAGCCAAUGUUGGACACGGCAACAACCGCGGUGUCUACGCCAGAGUCCACCUUUCACACCGUACGACCGCCUAACGUCUUAUUUGAAAAGAACAUGGCAAGGUCGGGGCUUCAGGCAAACCCGGGAGUCGCCAUUCGAAUUUCGGACUCGCGUGAAAGUGUCUUGAUCGAGCUUGAGACAGAAGGCUCGGGUGAAGACACUCUGCUGCUGCCGUGCCUCACUGAACGCUCAUCUCCGCCUAGAGGAGCCCGCGACAAGAGGAGCAGGCGGAACAGACACAGCUCAUCGUCGGAUAAGGACACCUCAGCCUCUCCAGGUACCAACAAUGAGGCCUUCAACCAUUUCCCUGGUGAUCCUGAGUUUGCAGAUAUCAUCCAGAGGGCCGAACAAGCCAUUGAGAGUGGUGUCUUUCCAGAAAGGAUUUCCCAGGGUUCCAGUGGGAGUUACUUUGUCAAAGAGCCAAAAGGGACAGUCAUCGGCGUUUUCAAACCAAAGUCAGAAGAGCCCUAUGGUCACCUCAAUCCUAAAUGGACCAAAUACUUUCACAAGCUCUGCUGUCCAUGUUGUUUUGGGCGAGGGUGCUUGUUGCCAAACCAGGGUUACCUCUCGGAGGCUGCUGCUUCGCUGGUUGAUAGCAAGCUCGGCUUGGGCGUUGUGCCGAAAACCAAGGUGGUGUAUUUGGCCAGUGAGACUUUCCAUUACAGUGCCAUCGACAGAGCCAAAUCCAGGGGGAAGAAGUAUGCUUUAGAGAAAGUUCCCAAGGUGGGACGGCGCUUCCACAGAGUGGGUCUGCCACCAAAGGUGGGGUCAUUUCAGCUGUUUGUGGAGGGCUAUCGUGAAGCCGACUAUUGGCUGAGACGCUUUGAGGCGGAUCCUCUGCCUGAGAACAUCAGGAAGCAACUCCAGUCCCAGUUUGAGCGGCUGGUGGUGCUUGAUUAUGUAAUCCGAAACACAGAUCGAGGGAAUGACAACUGGUUGAUCAAGUAUGAGAACCCAGGAGAUGGCGAGGGACUGAAGGUUACAGAGUGGCCAGAGAACAGUCCAGAGCCUUGCAUCAAGAUAGCAGCCAUCGACAACGGCCUGGCCUUUCCUUUCAAACACCCUGAUGAAUGGAGAGCCUACCCCUUUCACUGGGCGUGGCUCCCUCAGGCCAAGGUGGCCUUCUCUCAGGAGACCAGAGAGUUGGUGCUGUGCCGCCUCUCAGACAUGAAUUUUGUGCAGGACCUCUGUGAGGACCUCUAUGAGAUGUUUAAGAGUGAUAAAGGUUUUGACAAGACCAUGUUUGAGAGACAGAUGUCAGUCAUGAGGGGCCAGGUGUUGAACCUCACCCAGGCACUAAAGGAUGGCAAGAGCCCUCUCCAGCUGGUGCAGAUGCCCAGAGUGGUGGUGGAGCGCAGCCGAUCAGGCGGGCAGGGUCGUGUGGUCACACUGGGCAAUGCCUUCACUCAAACCUUCCACUGCAAGCGUCCCUUUUUCUCCUCUUGGUAGAGAGUGGGAAUGUCAGCCAUGGUGUUGGUUUUUACAAAUUGUGUCCCAAAUGCAGAAAGUGAGGAAGAGGAACUGCUCACUGGAAACUGAUGAUAUUUAACGUUCUGUAGGAAAGAUCUGGCUAAUGAAGAAUGUUUUUUGAAGAACUUGAGCUUCAGCUUGCUCCCAGCAUAGUGAUGUUAUUGCAGAGUUUGGGGUUGCCAUGGUUACUUGACUUACUUGGACACUAGUUUAUAUGGGUUUUGAUUAUUGUUGAGACACAAAAAAUACUUUUUCUGUUGUUUUGGUAGUCACUCCAGUUAUAUACAGAACAUUUAGUAGCUCCCCCCCCCCCCAAAAAAAACACCCUAGUGGUCCACCAUCUUUGAACCAGAAAGUGCAUUUUGAGAUAUACGCAAAGUCCAAAAAUAGUCACUUUGUCUGCCUUGUUAGGGAUACUUUCUCAAAUGUGAUGAGUGUAUGAUUAGGUUCAUUUAAGUGAAUUAAAGCGCCCUUAACCCAGCAGUCCUUUGUGGAAUCUGUAGAACAAACACAAAGCCUGUGUCUCCAACACUCGCUACUGCCAAAACUCUGUCUGCAGAAGUUUUCAGAAGCCUCAAGAAAAUACUAUUGUUGAAACUUGAAUACAAACCUCAUUGGAGGACUUGGAAUAACUGUGUUGCUUGAAUGUAAUCUGUUUACUCUUUCUACUCUGAUUCUUGUUAGAAAUCUUCCUAAACAUUUCAAUAUGAGUAAAUGCUGUUAAAAACAAUCUGAAUGUAUGUGUUUUUUGACAUGUAUUUACACUGCAGCAUGCACCGCUGUCACUCCGUUUUUGUGAAAUACCACAUCAAGAGGAGGGUCAGCGCACUGGUGUUUUCUUUUGUAUGCAUCUUGACAUUUUUAUUCCAACGUAACGAUUGUAUGAGCAGAGCUGUAUAUUUAACAAAAAUAAAUCAACGUUGGGAAAUA